AUGGACUUUCUAGGGGAGGAGGCGUCUUGGAAUCAAUCUUCUUCUAGGAACAGUGAUCUUGACUUCCUACCUGAACGAAGUGUCUCAGCAACAGAGACUUCUGCUGAUGUUCUACAUGGAAUUGCUAUCAAAUGUGGUGCCAAGGUGGAGUACAAACCAAGUUUGGUUGCUAGUACGGAUUUGCGGUUUUCUGUUGAGGCUUGGCUUUCUGGUGAAAAAAUUGGAGAAGGGACUGGCAAAUCGAGACGAGAAGCCCUGCACAAGGCUGCUGAAGCUUCUAUACAGAACUUAGCUGAUGUAUAUAUGCGUUCACAUGGUGACUCAGUGCCAAGCCACAGAGAUGCUAGCCCCUUCACCAAUGGAAAUAUGAUAAUGGGAAACGCAAAUGCACUUGAUAAUCAGCCAUUUGGUAGAGAUGAAACAUCAAUGCCAGUUCCUUCUAGACCUACAGAUCCGAGAUUAGAAGGUUCGAUGAGGCACACUGGCUCCAUUACUGCGCUUAGGGAAUUGUGUGCAUCGGAGGGUUUUGAGAUGGCUUUUCAAUCUCAGCGUCCACUUCCAUCUGACAUGGUCCACAGAGAUGAAUUACAUGCUCAGGUUGAAAUAGAUGGGCGUGUUUUAGGGGAAGGAGUUGGAUCAACAUGGGACGAAGCUCGAAUGCAGGCUGCUGAGAGAGCACUGUCUAGUGUGAGAUCAAUGCUUGGUCAACCUCUGCAUAAGCGACAAGGAUCUCCACGAUCAUUUGCCGGCAUGUCAAACAAGCGUUUGAAGCCAGACUUUCAGCGGUCUCUGCAACGGAUGCCAUCUUCAGGAAGAUACUCGUAAACUAGAACCAUUUGAAGAACAAAGCAUUCUCUACAUCAAUUCAAGACGAAUUCUUUGCCAAGUUCCUUUCUUUGCAAAAACGAUGAACCAGGCUUGCUCUCUUGUUUCUCUUGUUGUAACAACAGUUGGGGCUGGAUCACGAUUUUGUAUCAUAAGAAACUCUUGUUGAAGCAACAGCUCGAGGGACUACAGAGAAAGACCUAAGCAUGAACGUUUGGCUUGUUCUCAGGCUGUUAGUACUCAAGUAGAAAUUAGUAAAGUUGGUUAAUAGUUUUCAUAAAGCUUUUUCUGCAGUUUCACAGUUGACACAGUCCCUGUUUGCACUGAGACAUUAAGUUUAUAAUUUUUGUAAUUUCUGUUGUUAACUGUUUAGUUUUUGACUGAUUCAAUGUUAAGGAGAUAAAAUUUGACUGA